AUGUCUAUGUGUUCGUACAUCCCUCCCUGUGCGAGAGAUGAUCAGGAGAACUCUGAGAAUGUCACGUACAAGCAGAAAUACUGGAAAGAGAAAGUGGGUUCGCAACCAUUUACAUGCUAUUUUAACCAGCACUUGAGGCCAGACGAUGUGAUGCUGAAGCGCACCCACGAUGAGACUGUCCUCUUGCACUGCUUCCUCUGGCCUCUGGUUACGUUCCUGGUUGGAGUGCUCAUCGUGGUCCUGACCAUCUGUGCCAAGAGCUUGGCUGUCAGGGCAGAGGCAAUAAAAAAGAAGAAGCAUUUGUAA